ACUUGAUAUAGAAUCAGCACAAAAAACUGAAAUUGUAUAUAAGCAGCGCGAGGUAGCUAUCAAACACUUCCUUUCUGAUCACUGACAUUAUUCACAUCGGACAAGAUGAAUUUGUCAUUCUCGUUCGUGUUCUUUUUAUCCAUCUUUCAUGAUGUGGCAUGUUACCCAGUCUUCUCCGGGAAGGUUCUCGAAAGAUCAGCAGAUCUCCUACCAAUUUAUGAUUAUGUGAUAGUAGGAGGUGGAACAAGUGGACUCGUCGUUGCAAAUCGUUUGUCCAAAAAUGCUAAUACAACCGUUCUCGUGAUCGAGGCAGGAAAUUUUCACAACAAUGAAGAUUUCAUAACAGUCCCUCUGAUAACCACCGCCAAUCUCCCCGUACUUGGUAAUGGUCCUCGUGGCACAAUCUAUGAUUGGAACACAACCUCAGUUCCACAAUCGAACCUCGGAAAUCGAUCGAUUGAUCUUCCGGCUGGGAAAGUAAUUGGUGGCUCUUCUGCCAUAAAUGGUAUGGCAUUCAUGCGCGGUAAUGCAGCUGAAUAUGAUCAUUGGGAAGAACUUGGAAAUGCUGGAUGGAAUUGGGAGGGUCUACUUCCAUAUUUCAAGGAAAGCGAACAUUUUACUCCUGCCGACGAAGAGGAAGUGCAGGACUGGGGCAUUGAAUACGACGCAAACGUCCACGGGGAAAAUGGGUUUGUCCAGAAUGGAUAUCCGAGUUUCGUUUGGCCUAGUACUAAAAACUUCUUAAACGCCUUCUUUGAACUUGGCGUCUCAUAUAUAAAAGACUCUUUCGCAGGCCUCAAUGCCGGCGUGUUCUUCAUCGUUCUUUCUAUUACCCACGAUACCAAAGAACGCAGUACAUCUCAAUCUUUUUUGCCUCCAAGCUCUAAUUUGACUGUUCGUCCUAACUUGCAUGUAUUGACCGCUAAUACUGUUACCAAAAUUCUCUUCUCUACUCCUUCCAAUUAUUCAUCUGAAACAUCAAAAGAACCAAGAGCCACGGGAGUAGAAUAUGCAGCUGGUGUGAAUGAAGAGAAAUUUACGGUAAAUGCUAAGAAAGAGGUGAUUCUAAGUGCCGGAGCACAGCGAACCCCGCAACUAUUACAGAUUUCUGGCAUAGGACGACGUGAUGUGUUGGAAAAUUUAGGCAUUGAGGUCGUGGUCGAGAGUGAAGGUGUUGGCGAGAAUUACCAAGAUCACUUAUUGCUUACUACUGUCAACAAUGCUCCGAAUAUCGCGAUUCAGACUGGGAAUCUCAGUACGAACGCUACGUGGCUUGAAGAGCAGCUUGAAUUGUAUCACAAGAAAAGGGAAGGGCCUUUCACAACCGCCUCAGCAAACGUCUUUGCUUUCCUCCCUCUCGCCACAAUUCUAAAUGGUUCUUCCGCCUCCACCCUCUCUACCCUCCAAUCUCUUUCCCAAUCCACAGAUGUGUCCCAGUACCUCCUCCCAUCUACCCCCUCUUCCGUUCUUGCCGGCUACAAAGUCCAACACCAAAUUCUCGCAUCCAAUCUGCUCUCCAAAAACACCUCUCACGUGGAGAUGAUCGUUAGCGAUGGCAUCAUCAUCCCCGCCAUGCAGCUCCCCUUCUCUCGUGGCCGCGUUUCCAUUUCCUCACCCUCUGCUUUUGAUUUCCCUCUCCUAAAUCCAAAUUAUCUUUCCAACCCAUUAGAUUUGCUUCAAUUCACCGUCGCAUUCAAUUACACGCGUCUCAUGCGUACUACUUCCUCUCUCCAAGCAAUCAAUCUCACAGAAUCAUAUCCAGGUUCGAGUGUAACGACCCAAGCAGAGAUUGAGGAACAUGUGAGGGAAUCGGUAGCGAGUGAACAUCAUCAUUCGGGUACAGCAUCGAUGUUGCCGAGAGAAUUGGGUGGUGUGGUGGAUGAGGGAUUGAGAGUUUAUGGGGUGAAGGGGUUGAGAGUAGUGGAUGCUAGUGUGAUUCCGAUGAUUGUUGGAGCGCACUUGCAGGGGACUGUGUAUGGAGUUGCGGAAAAGGGUGCAGCGAAGAUCUUGGAGGAUGCAUAGGGUUGUUAAUACUUCUGUUUCGGGCAUGGUCUUGAAUUUUAUGUAUCCGUCAAGUAUGUGAGGUUCGACACGGCAUUAGGUCAGAUUUCAAAACAGCAAAAUAUUGGAUUCACUCCAACUGAGACCCACAAUGGAGCAUCCAUUCCUUGUAUAUAUCUUGCUGUUGAUUGAAACAUCGUCCCCCAAGUCUUACAACAUUGAAUAAACUGCUCGUACAAGGUGAUUCCGCCAUCGUCUUCUUUCAGGGCCACACAAGAUAAUUCAUGUGCAACUCGUAACAGAUAGCCUUCGAUGUACAAAAGUACUGAGUGUAAGAAGUCAAGAAUGCCGUCUCGUUAAUGCCAAACAAAACAUAAACAGCAAAAAUAGGCAGUGACAACAUUUACACCCAACCGACAACCCCUCGUCAAGAAAAGUCCUUGUCGCACGAUUUUUUUUUGCUCGCUGGGAUCACAAUGCAUAUUAGGGACAGAGAAUGAGAAUAAGUCGGCGCCCAUUUAAAUCAUUAAUCUCAAUCUUCGCUGAGUUCUUAGUCUAGAAAAGUUGCCAGAAAGUUCUUCCUUAAAUAACGAACUCGCUUCUCCAUUUCUGGUAUUCACUCAUUCUGUGAUAUAGAUUUUUCUAGCAUCCCACUGAUGAAGUCUCCCAUUCCCUUCUUACGUAUUAUUGGUGAAUGACCUUCAGAGAAAUCCACUAGUCAUCACUGCGUACCAUAUGAUUCUCGCACAACCGAGCCAUGCUUUUCGUACUUGCUUAUUUAAGGAAGUCUUAGACUACUUCCUAAU